AUGGGAAAACGAAGUCGCAAAGAUGGGGAGGCCUCUGAAAAUAUUGAGAAAAAGAAGGAGGAGAAGUCCAGCAGGAAAAGCAAGAGCAACAAGUCUCUGCCUGUAGAGGCAGUCCUCGACCCGAGCUUGGCCUUGCUGUUUGCGACAAGUGCUGGUCCAGUCAAACCUCCUCCAAAAUCCCGUUACCAGGAGCCUCCGCCGCCGAGGAAGCAAAAAAUAGUCGAAGAGGAAUUAGAGCGCGAGGAGGGGGAAGCCGAAUCCGAAGGCGACGACGAGGACCUGAGCAGCGUGGAUGGGGACCUCGACGAUGUAGACGUUGGAGAUUUUUCCGAGUCCGAAAAUGAAGCACAAGUCGGAGUUGAGCUAGAAAAAAUCAUCGAGGCAUCCAUUGCCAAACCCGAGCGCAAGCGAAAGAGAAAGGCCGAAGAAGAAGAUCUCGAGGGGAAAUAUAUGCAGAAGCUUGCCAAAGAGGAAGAAAAAGAAGAGGCUGAGCGUAAGGCAGAGAGACGGUUGAAGCGCCAAAGAACGAUGGCCACGCAAGAUCAGGACAUGUCUGAAGAAUCCGAGGAUCUCGACUCGGACUCUGAAAAAGACGAUGGGAGCGAUUCUGAUUCGGUUGAGAAGAGUGCAAGAACUGCGCCAGCAGAUGUUCCGCUCCACGAGUCUCUGGCCCCGAGUAAGGAUGCCGUAGAACUUGAGAAGGCCUCUCGGACAGUGUUCCUUGCCAAUGUAUCUACGCUCGCGAUGACCGAUAAAGCCGCUAAAAAGACUUUACUCGGACACAUGGGCUCGUUCCUCUCUUCGCUUGCCCCUUUGGCAGGCAAGCCAGAGCAUAAAAUCGAGUCUCUCCGCUUCCGAUCUACAGCCUACGCCGGUACUGCUCUCCCCAAAAAGGCCGCUUUCGCCAAGAAGGACCUCAUGGCUGCGACAACCAAGAGUACCAAUGCUUAUGUAGUCUAUUCUACGGCUUUUGCGGCUAGAGAAGCAGUCAAGAAAUUGAAUGGCACUAUGGUCUUAGAUCGUCAUCUACGUGUCGAUGGUGUGGCUCACCCGGCCAAAACAGAUCACCGUCGCUGUGUCUUCGUAGGCAACCUCGGAUUCGUUGACGACGAGAGCAUGAUGGAACAGGGUGGAGACAACGAGCGCAAACGUUCCAAGAUUCCUUCGGAUAUCGAAGAGGGCUUGUGGAGACAGUUUGGUAAGGUAGGGACAGUAGAAAGUGUUCGUGUCGUACGUGACGAGAAGACCAGAGUCGGAAAGGGAUUCGCUUAUGUUCAAUUUGAGGACGCAAAUUCCGUAGAAGCAGCACUUCUUUUCAACGAAAAGAAGUACCCUCCUAUGUUACCCCGUGUCUUGCGUGUGGUUCGCGCUAAAGCCGUCCGCAAAACUGCUCUCGCCUCUGCCGCAUCCCGCCCAGAUCCUCGCAAAGGCAAAGUCAGCUCCAAACCCCGUAUCUACCAACCGAAGACAAGCGCAGAAUUGUCAUCUCUGAAGGGCCGAGCAGGCAAGCUUCUAGGAAAAGCCGGAGCUGCUCAGUUCAGAAAUGCAGCAAGUGGCGCCAACGGCACGGUGAUGGGAAAGAAGGGAGAUGGGAAGGCAGUAGUAGGUAUAUCGAAGACGCCCGAGAGUAUCGUAUUUGAAGGGUACAGGGCCAGCUCGAAGAAUGGAAAACCGAAGGGUCUGAAGAUGGGUGGGGAGAAGAAGGGCAAGGGAAAGCCGAAGGGUCGAAGUAGCGCUCGGGCCAGUUCCUGGAGAAAGUCUGGUGGUAAGAAGGUAUCUUGA